AUGAAGCACGAGGAGCUCGAUACCCUCGCGAAUAAUCUCUCUGGAGAUUUCCGCACCAUUGAGCCCCGCCUACGGGACCUCGACAAGCACUUGACUCUCAGAACUUACCUGGAGGGGUACACUUUGGGAGAUCUUGAGAAGAAGAUUUGGCAGACAUUGCGUGGUAACAAGGUCGCCAUAGGCUUCAUCAGACGUAAUGGUCUUCCAAAUUUGACGAGGUGGUUCACCUUUGUCGAGCAGACUCACCCUGAGCUUCAGGAGGAUGCCACCAAAGGCAAGGCCAUUGCCAACAAGGGCGGUGCCAACUACAACCUCGCUCUUCAGGAUACGGACAAGGGCGUCGUGACUCGAUUCCUCCCUGAGCCUUCAGGCUACCUGCAUAUUGGACACGCCAAGGCUGCUCUUCUCAGUGACUACUUUGGCCAUGUCGCCUACAAGGGCCAAAUGCGCCUCCGACUCGACGACACCAACCCUGCUAAAGAGAGUGAGGAAUUCCAGGAUGCUAUUGUCGAAGAUCUUUCUCUCAUGGGUAUCAAGCCCGAUACUCUGACUUACACCUCCGACUACUUCGAGUACCUCUAUGACAUGUGCAAGAAGCUCAUCUCGAUGGGCAAGGCUUAUGCCGACGACACCGACCAGGAGACCAUGCGAGCCCAGCGAAUGGACGGCAUUCCUUCCAAGCGCCGCGAUCGAUCUGUCGAGGAGAACUUGCGAAUCUUUGAGGAGAUGAAGAAGGCUUCCCAGGAGGGUCUGGCUCACUGCAUCCGUGCCAAGAUCUCCGCCGACGACCCCAACAAGGCCAUGCGCGACCCCGUCAUCUACCGAUGCAACAUUGAAAACUCUCACCACCGAACUGGACGCACCUGGAAUAUUUACCCCAUGUACGACUUUGCCUGUCCCGUGGUUGACAGCCACGAAGGCGUCACCCAUGCUCUGCGAUCCACCGAGUACACAGACCGUAACCCUCAGUACCAAUGGUUCCUCGACACCCUGAGCCUUCGACAGGUUCACAUGUGGGACUUUUCAAGGAUGAACUUCAUCAAGACCUUCUUGUCCAAGCGCAAGCUGGCUAAGCUCGUCGAUACGGGCAAGGUCUGGGGCUGGGAUGAUCCCCGAAUGCCCACGAUCCGAGGUGUCCGUCGCCGUGGCAUGACGGUUGCCGCUCUCCGAGACUUCAUUAUCCGCCAGGGUCCCAGCCGCAACGUCGUCACCAUGGACUGGACCAGCUUCUGGGCUGCCAACAAGAAGGAAAUCGACCCAGUCGUUGCUCGCCACACUGCUCUCCUUAGAGCUGGCACCGUUCGCGUCAAGCUUACAGGCGCCGAGGUUCCCUCCGGUGUCGUCACGGAGAAGCGACCCAAGCACCCCAAGAACCCCGACGUUGGCAUGAAGGACGUUGUCUACUCCCCAGAGAUCUACAUUGACCAGGAAGACGCCAAGAGCUUCAAGCUCAACGAGGAAAUCACCCUCAUGGGCUGGGGCAACGCUUUUGUCCGUGAGAUCUCGUCAGAGGACCCCAUCCAGACCAUGACCAUGGAGCUCAACCUCAAAGGCGACUUCAAGUCGACUGACAAGAAGAUCACCUGGUUGUCGGCCGAGGGUCUUGAGCCUGUGCUUGCUGAGCUGUGGGACUUUGACUACCUCAUCACCAAGGACAAGCUGGAGGAAGACGACAAUGUGGAGGACUUCCUCAACCCCAACACCUUCAGCCUCGUGGAUGCUAUUUGUGAUGGCGGCGUAGGCCAGCUCAAGAAGGACGAUGUCAUUCAACUUGAGCGACGGGGCUUCUACAGAGUAGACAAGGGUCUCAACGACUGGGCUCCCGGUGAGGCUGGGCUCAAGGGCAAGAGGGUUGUGCUGUUCUAUAUUCCUACGGGUAAGACAGGCGGCAAGUAA